UUGGAGCCCCACCCCCCGGAAACCCGAAACCCUAAAUCGCCGCCGCCUCGACCACCACCCACGGACGGCGGCAAGGUCGCCACCGAGCUGCUCCCACCCACCUCUCACCCCUCCGUUCCCAAGGCGAGCCGCGCGGGGGCGACAGGGGUGAAGCGCGGCAUCGGGCAUGGAGGCAGGCGGCGGAGGAAGACGAAGCGGAUCGGAUAGCCAAAAGUGUGUGCACGAAUCUUAAAGCAUUUGCGAUUAACUAGUCUUCCCACCUUCCAGAAGAUGGAUAGGAUUUCCGGUGCGUGGUGGGUUGCACCGGGGGCUACUAUCUAUCUUGUGGAAAAUAGAUAGGCCUCUCAUCUUCCAGCCCACCUCGGCCCAUCAAACGCUUUCUCUUCCUUUCUUCUUCCCCGCCAGUUCCCUACCCCGCCGCCUCCUCCACCACCCCGGGCGGCGGCUGCCGCCCCGCCCGCCCACCGUCCACCGCCGCCCUUCCUAACCCGAUUCCCCUCGCGACCCCGCCACCGACCGCGGCCCACCGGCUGUCUGGCCCUGCCCGGCCGGCGGCGCUCCCGCGCCGCCUCGCCUCCGCCGCCGGGCCUGCAGCCGCCCUCAACCUCCUCCCUCCUCUAGGUCCGCAGGACAUUGAAGCCCCAGAAACUCGAAACCCUAACCUCCGCCCGGCUGACCCACACCUCCACCGGCCUUGGCCAAUCGCUCCCACCCGCUCCCGAUCCCGCCGCCCAGCUUCCUCCCCCGACCUUGGACACCGCAGCGGCAGCGUGCGACGAUGAGAGAGAGAGAGAGAGGCGGGGAGGCGACAUAAAGAAGGGGAAAGAAGAUCGUGCGGUUGAGAGCAGCCGCACGAAUCUUAAAGAUUGGAAGGUUAAGAGCCUAUCCACCUUCCGGAAGAUGGAUAGGAUUUCCGAGUUGCACCUGGUGCUUGAAUCGAGCCCAACUCGCAUUGCGGCGACCCACCGAAUUCACGGGCUCCUUAUGGGCCUCGAACAGUCUAAUCACAUUCCAUGGCUCAUUUGGGCCUGACCACAAGAGUACCGCUCCUCGUUCGUCGGCUCGUCGCCCCCAGUCUCCACCGCUGCGGAGAGCAGCCGGCGACGCCACACGCCGGCAGGCCGGGAAGGGGAAGCAGAGCACGCGCAUGCUGGGAUUUCUCCGCCGCGCCGUCCGCGCGGCAGUGUCCUCUCCGGCGGCGAGCAUCCGACAGUUUCAGUGUGCAUACCAUAGAAGCAACGAGAGGUUACCACCUGCCCGAGACCAAGAUGUUUCAUAUGGUCUUAAUUGGGCUAUUGCUGGAAGAGGUGUCAUUGUGAAAGAUAAGGUGUUCCAUAACUUGGAGACAUCCGAGCUUCAGAAAGGCGGUGCUACUUACCCAGACUGUUUGUCUGGCAUUCCGCUUCACGUUAGAGGAGAUGUCAUUGGCGGGGUCCCUGAUGUUUCGAAAGCUCUAUUUGCAAAGCUUCUGAAACUGGUCACGUUUCACCUUUCAUCCAUCUCAUGUCUAUAUGUUCAAGAUGGUGCCAUUGGUUCCUCAGCAGAAUGUGAUGCAAAGGUCCGAAUCAUUAGUGAUAACCCCUCUGCUGUUAUGUUACUGUCAAAUAUCCUUUGGAAAAUACCAGAUCGUGCGAUUUCCCAUGACACAAACCCUUUGACUAUAUAUGCUACCAGUUCCAUAAGUAAUAACAUCAAGUCUCUUCUUGGUUCUGGGACACAAUACGCUAAUGGAUUUGCAGCAGCCGACAUUGAACGCUCAUCUCUAAUUCUGUGCCGUAAAGCAUUCGCUGAUUCAGCUAUUGUGAAAGAUGCACUUACUGCUAUGUCAGCCCCGAUAUUAUCUGCAAGAGGCGGCCUCCCUGUUCCAGGCUGGCUUCUGAGCUUUGGUGGUCGUGUUGUAUUAUUGUUUGCUCCAGUGGAGAUCAUCAGGUCCUGCUCUGAAAUUCAGAAUGUUCUAUUGUCAAUUGACUGUGGUGCAGCCAUAUCUUCUAAAUGGUCUACUGUGCUUUUCCCAACAAAGUCAAGAAGGGAACCAAAGUUGUUUGCCAAACCAUCUACUGUAAUUAUUGUAUCAGCUGAUAGCACUGGUGCCGUACCAUCUGUGUCACAGCUCUCUCCUGGCCAGGCUGCUUACCAUUUCUUGUCUGGAUAUCACGAUGGUAAAUUUGUCCCAGCUUACAGCAGGGCCCCCUCUCCUGCUGACCCACUUGCACUUGCAGGUUCCUUAUUCUCACAUUUGAAAGAAGAUGAUGCACCAGCAUAUCUGAUCAAUGCUAAGCACUCUGGAAAGUACAUUGAUGGCAAGGGGCUUAUGAAACUAUUAGAGUUAGCACUAUCUCACAACCUGCCUGACAUCAAAACUGAAGACUUUAGAGUUGGCGAACUUAAGGGGAAGUACAGGAGCUUUCUAUCCAGCAAGUUUGGCAAUCGUUUGCCUGAGGAUUUUUCUUUCUAGGAUAUGUACUCUGAUGCUGUAGUGUACAUUUAGCUUGUAUUGACAUAGAUUUACAUAUUAACUUGAUAGAUCUCCUAUUCUGUCUCAACUACAAAAUACUACAUUAUUAGCUUAUGUAGUUACGUUUCCUCCCUCUUGGCGCUUGGAUUGGAUACUGUAAUGGACCAUGAGUUGACUUGUGCAUAGUCAUUUCAGUCAAAGUUUUGUUAAGCAUCAGACUGUAGAAAAGUUUCAGUACACCAGACUGCACUAUUCUGUGGAAUCGAUUCGGGUCAGCUUUGCAGUUGGGAAAGGUAUAUUGUUGCACUAAAUGUUUAGUCAUUCAUGCUGCACUGUUACCGUUUCAACUUUACAGGACACUGUCCCUUCGGCUCCAUUACUUCUGCUGGAGCAUCAGAGUGCACUAUGCAGUGAAACGUUGGAGGACACGAUAAAAGGCGUCAACCGUCGACAUUGAAAUUGAAGCCUACCGUUCAGUUCAUGCGGGGAGCCGUCAGAGCUUCACAUGGUUUCACUGAGAAAAACCGGUGCGAUGGUCCCCCUAACCCCUGUACCAUGCAUGCAUCUCCAUGUGUAGCUGAUCUGCAUCCACAAGACACAGGAGAACAGGCAGUGCAGGUACGGACUUGCAUCACUGUUACCAAUAUCGAAUCCCAUCCGAAUCUCGCAUAUUUGGCAUGAAAGUUUCAACCGAUUUGGCGGUGGACAUGGUAAUGACUACUGUAAUGAGCACCUGAUCUUUUGGUGCUGCGGAUAGGCUCAUUUAUUUCAGGCACGUCACUUUGAAAGUU